UGUAAGAGAUUCGUGUAAAUAAUGUACGUGUCAUCAUAUAUGUAUGUGCUUACAUUAUGGAAUAGUGUCCGGAAGUGAAUUGUGUAAAACAAUAACGGACUUUGCCUAUUUUUGGAAAAGUGUUUAAGUUUUGCACGACACAGGCUUAAAAUAUUGUUCUAUUAUGGUGACAACCCAGUAAAUAUUUUGAAACGAAAAAGUGCCGCAAAUUAUACCACAACCAAGAUCGAAUUUCAACAAUAGUGUUCAAACCAUUGACAAUCCAAUUUGUGAUGAUGUUAAUGACACUGUGAUAACUAAUGACAUGCAUUUGCGAAAUACAAUGAUUACUCUAAAUUCCUACGGGUUCACUACGCAGCUGCGGCAUUCAUUGUUGAUGGUGUUUAUUUUGCUAACCAGUUUGAAUGCCAAACAAUUUGCACAAUCUUCUAAUUUGUUUAAACGUAAUACACGGCCCAGUAUAGAAUGUUUGAAAAAUGAUCGUUUCUAUCGGGAUCCGCAUCGACUGGUACAUAAGAUUUGGACCAACACUGAAUGUUCAAGGUAUUUCCUUUGUUUAGAUGGUGACGUUUUUGAAUUCAAAUGCUCGGAGGGUUUAUUAUUUGAUGUUGUCAGACAAAUUUGUGAUUUUAAGCAGAAUGUGGAUAACUGUGAUAUUACUGCAGAAAAACAAAUCCCAAAGCCACUAUUGGAAAAAGGUGGAUGCAAAGACAAAACACAUUUAAGUUGCGCAGACGGCACUUGUCUACCAAGCGAAUAUUUUUGUGAUGGAUCCAUUGAUUGUCCAGAUGAAUCCGAUGAGGGUUGGUGCGAUAUGGAUAACGACCCCAAUGCUGCUAUUUCAUGUGACAUGCGUAAAUGCCAUUUACCCGACUGUUUCUGCUCCAAAGAUGGUACACAAAUACCUGGACAAUUAAGUCCAAAUAUGGUCCCACAAAUGAUAACGUUAACGUUUGACGAUGCAGUAAAUUUUGAAAACUUCGAUUUAUAUACAAAACUUUUGUUUAAUCCAAAUAACCGUAAUCCAAAUGGCUGCUCAAUUAAAGGCACAUUUUUUGUCUCACAUCAGUAUACAAAUUAUCAAUUUGUGCAAAAACUAUGGAACGACGGUCACGAAAUUUCUGUACACUCUGUAACGUAUGUUUAUAUGUUCUUAAAAGCUAUUAUUUUAAAACAAUGUAAAUUUAACAGACACCGCGGUCCGGAGAUGUGGUGGACAAAAAAUGCCACUAUUGAGGACUGGUUUGAUGAAAUGGUUGGUCAAGCAAACAUUCUAAAUCGUUUUGCGAAUAUACGAAUGGAAGAUAUUAGAGGGAUGCGUGUACCAUUUCUUCGUAUUGGCUGGAAUAGACAAUUUUUAAUGAUGAAAGAGUUUGGUUUUGUUUACGAUGCUUCGAUGGUGGCCCCUUUUAGUAAUCCUCCACUUUGGCCUUAUACCCUGGACUUUAAAAUGCCUCAUACGUGUACAGGCAUCAAUCAGAAUUGCCCGUCUAGAAGUUAUCCAGGCAUUUGGGAGAUUGUGAUAAAUCAGUUAGAAGUAGGUGACUUCACAUGUGGUAUGAUAGAUAGUUGCCCAUCUCAAUUGAAUGGCGACGAUGUUUAUCGCAUGCUAAGCCACAAUUUCAAACGACAUUAUUUGUCAAACCGUGCUCCAUUCGGAAUAUAUUUCCACGCAACSUGGUUUAAUAAUAAUAAUUAUUUGGAGGCAUUUUUGCGUUUUAUGGAUGACAUGCAAGAGCUAACGGACGUAUAUUUUGUUACACAACAGCAAGUUAUCCAAUGGAUGCGACGACCCACAAUUACUCCAAACUUAAAUACAUUUGAACCAUGGGGUUGCAAACCACGCCAGUGGGAAUCUAAAGAAGUAGCUUGCAGUAUCCCAAAUACUUGUAAACUACGAAGUCGCGUCUUGCAGCAAGAUAGAUAUUUAUAUACUUGUAACGAAUGCCCAAUACAAUAUCCUUGGAUACGCAAUGAAUUUGGUCUAGAUUAGUAUAUCUUGUGGCUAUAUUGUUUACCAUAUUUUUAUACCAUGCAGAUAUUAAAUUAAAUAUGAAAUAAUGUUUAA